AUGAAUUUACCGAAAUAUGAGAACAAACCGUUUAAACCACCUAGAAGAAUAGAUUCUUCCAGACCUUCUUCAGAAGGCUCGAUUCGAUCAUCAUCAUCAUCAGCAGCAGCAGCAACACAUAGCAUACAGUCAAAAGGUUAUAGCCUUAAAAGGCCAAGUACAAUAUCGCCUUUAAGUUCUCUUUCGCAGAUUAAUAAAAAAUCAAAGGUCAAUAAUAAUGAUAUUUGCACUACUCAUGAGACGAAAGGUCUCAAUAUAGAUACGAUUGUCUAUAUGAUGAUGUAUAGAAAGCCAAGUUCGAAAAAAAAAAAGUUUAGGACAGGUGAUGGGUUUGCUAAAUAUAUAUCUAUGUCCAAAAGAUUAUCGUUCUAUUCCGACGCAGGGAAAUUCUUGGGAAGUUUGCCAAUAUCCUUAGACAUGGUUAAUUGUGACUCAAUUUAUAAGACUGGCUCUUGGGAGUAUCAGUUAGACUAUAAAAUCGAAGAUAGCUCCGAACUACAAUCCACUAUAGACUUGAUUAAUAAGAAAAAAAUUACUCCAUCACCGUCUGCCAAGAAAAGUUCCUUCUCAAAUAAUCGUAACCUAUCAUCAUCCCCUACUCCAGUUUCAAAAUCAAUUGCACUACCAACAUCAACUGCAACUGCAACUGCAACUGCAACUGCAACAAUGGCAGAGCUGAAUAAGGAUAACACAUUAAUACCUAUCUCAAAUCUCUUCCAUUCAGGUAAUUUAUCAUCAAAAUUUGUUCCGGUGAUGAAGAAGGCAGAUAUCUACACAGAUUCGAAAGCCAUAACCAAUUCAAAGCCCUCCAAAACUUCUUCAAGUAUUGGGGUGGCUCCAAAGAGAACCUAUUUACCACUAUUUGAUAUAUCAAAAAUGAAAAAUCCAAUAAUAAUGAAUAAACUAAGGACAACCCCGAUUGAUGUCAUCAUCGAUCCAUUACUAGGUAAUCUCCUGAGACCUCAUCAAGUGGAAGCUGUUAAAUUCAUGUAUGAUUGUAUAAUGGGGUUUGAAAGGAAAAUUAUAAAAGAACACUCUUCACAAAUAUCAACUAAUCAUCAUAAACCACAAAUCUUAAAUAAAGAUUCAGAUAUAUCAGGUGGUUGUCUAUUAGCUGAUGAAAUGGGGCUGGGUAAAACAUUAUCUACUAUAACAUUAAUUUGGACUCUUUUAAAACAAACUCCUUUCCCUUGGUUAUCACCCUGUACACAAGCAGGUGUUCCAUCUCAAGGUCUCCUUAAGAAGGUUUUAAUUGCGUGCCCUGUCACACUUAUUCAAAAUUGGAAAAACGAAUUUAAAAAAUGGUUAUCGUUAAACAGAAUUGGUAUAUUAACUUUAAAUGCUAAUAACACUGCUGCUAAAGAUAGAACUGAUGUAAGAAAUUUCCUUCGUGUUGGAAGAACUUAUCAUGUUUUAAUUAUUGGGUAUGAAAAAUUAAUUAACGUUGCAGAUGAGCUUAUAGAUGAUUCAAAUAAUCAUCCUCAUAAGAUUGAUUUAUUGGUAUGUGAUGAAGGCCAUCGUUUGAAAAAUAAUAAUUCCAAAAUCUUAAAUACUUUAAAAAAUUUAAAUAUCGAAAAAAAAAUCUUACUUACAGGAACACCAAUUCAAAAUGAUUUAGUAGAGUUUUUUACAAUUAUAGAUUUUCUAAAUCCAAGUAUAUUUGGAUCAUUUCAAAGUUUUAAAAAAAGAUUCAUAACUCCAAUAACAAGAGCAAGAGAUAUGUCAAAUUCUGGAAAUUUUGCAGUAAUUGAAAAAGGUGAAGCAAGAUCUCAAGAAUUGAUUGAAAUAACACAAAAGUUUAUCCUAAGGAGAACAAAUGAUAUCUUAACGAGAUACUUGCCGCCAAGAACUGAUUUAAUUUUAUUCUGUAAACCAUCACAAUCUCAACUGGGGAUAUUUCGCAGCAUUCUAACUCAAUCAUCGUGUGACUUUAGCAGUGCUAAUUUCAAUUCAUCUUUAGAACUAAUCACAUUAUUGAAAAAAGUUUGUAAUUCUCCUAGUUUAUUAACAUCGGAUUCGUUUUAUAAUUCAAAAAUAAAAUCUCAACAAGCAAAUGUAUCUCUCAAUUCUUAUGAAAAUAAAACUAACGAAUCUGGAAAACUUCGAGUAUUGAUGGAACUUCUGAAAAAGAUUCAAUCUGUGACUGAUGGGAAAGAAAAAGUUGUAAUAGUAUCUAACUACACUCAAACGUUGGAUAUAAUUCAAAAUCUAUUAUCCUCUGCAAGUAUGUCAUUUGUUAGGUUGGAUGGUUCCACUCCCAGUAAGCAAAGGGAUGCUAUCGUCAAAGAAUUUAAUAAAAUCCCAUCUAUAUUUGCAUUCCUAUUAAGUGCAAAAUCAGGAGGGGUUGGUUUGAACUUAAUUGGUGCAUCAAGAUUGGUGCUAUUUGAUAAUGAUUGGAAUCCAUCAAUUGAUCUACAAGCAAUGUCAAGGAUACAUAGAGAUGGUCAAAAAAAACCUUGUUAUAUAUAUAGGUUAGUAACCACAGGAUGUAUUGAUGAAAAGAUUCUUCAAAGACAAUUAAUGAAGAAUAAUCUAAGUAAGAAAUUCUUAGGAGAUUCCUCAAAGGAAAAUAGAGACUCAGUAAAAGAUGACUUAUUUUUAAAAUCAGAUUUGAAGAACUUAUUUACAGUUUUGACAAACACACCGAGCAAUACUCAUGAUUUAAUAUGCUCUUGUGAAGGUUUAGGUGACGAAAUACAAUAUUCUGAUGAGGAUGAUAGUGAUAUUUCCAGAGAUAUUUCUUUAGAAUACCAGUCUAGUUCGCCUUGGAUUACUGGGCUUCAAGCUCAGAAGUUCAUUGAAAAUAAAGAUUAUAAUUCAUCUCGAAAUACAUCGACAUCUAUUAAAAAAUGUUUAUUAGGCUAUAGGCAUAUUAAUCCGCAUAAUACUAGAGACGUUUUUGAUGAGGUUCUUUCCCAAACAUUGCCAAACCUGAAAGCAGAUUUAACUUUUGCUUUCAUUAAGCCAGGAGAGGAUGCGGAGCCGAUAAUUCUUUCUUCGAAGUAG